CCAAAGCUUCGUUAAUAGCGCUGAAAUUGGCUUGUACGGUACCUAACUGUCAAAAAGGAUCUAAGCUCCUGGUAUUGUUUGGUGUAUGAGUGGAGUAGUUAUUCAAAUCAUCCGGUUCCUGUAGGCGAUCAGGAGAAUAUUCAAGUUCUUACCUAAAAUAAUCCGAAACUGCGAUAUGAAUUCGACUCCUUCACCUGGUAAAACGAACGGCACGGACUCUCGAUGCAUUUAUUUCGAAGACAUCCAAUUUUUUUCCCCAAAUAUCGAUAUGUCGUCAUGGAACAAAACUGAAGUAAACAAAUAUUUUCAUGUUCUUGAAAACAACUCGACAGACUGUUUCACUGUCGUAAAUAUAUCAAUUCCAACCAACAGAGAGGGGAUUUUAUUCGUUACGGAUUCAAUUACCAAUGAACAAUUAAUUUGUUUCCCACUUAAUGAGAUCAAAAACUUGUCAAAGGGAUCCGACACCGCAACAGCAAAUUAUGUCUUACUAACUCAUGGUACUUCAUCAUCAAAUAACGAAGCGAUAGACCCGUCUUCAGAAGAGCCAUUAAACAUGUACCUAACACAUAUAUUACGUUGUCCAACAUAUCAUGCGACGUUGAGGAUAAUCGAUGUCAUCCGUCGAAUCAUUACUGAAGAAACUGGAUCCACUGCUACCAUAUCCGGUGUGUGGGAGCCUCAAAGUGUUACUUUACGUUUACAUUUGGAUAUAAGAGAAGAUGAUGGAUCGAAUGUUAACUUUACUCCUGUACCAAAAGAAAAGUCGGAAUUAUUUAAAAUGAGAAAGAGCACAGCUAAACGACUAUUUGUUGGUGUCAGUCAAUUAGACGGUCAUGUUUAUCUACCGAUAAAUGGAAUUUUAGACGUAUGUUUGGGUUUUGGUCGUUAUUUAUCGGAUAGUGAACUAACCUAUUUGGGAGGCGAAGAAAAUGUUACACGAGGAGAAGCAUCAUCUAAUUCUUUAAGCGGAACUUCAUUUUCUACUUGGGUUGUUUGGCCAUCAAAUCAUAAUCAAUUCUCUAUGUUUGAUGUCGUUGGAAGUCGUGAUGAAUGUAUAUUCUUCACGGUUGUUGUACGCCUACUUAUCCAUAGACUUGAAGAACCAUUAGCUCUGCGACGAAUCUGUCGAGCGCGUGUUUAUAAAACAGAUGAAAUAUUUUGGCUCUCUUUAGAUAGAAAACCUGUUAUAGAAGAUUAUACUAUUAAAUUAACUGAGAGUAUAGAUGAAAACAGAAAUUUACACGCUGGUAAAAUACAGAAAAUUUUCAAUGUUACUGCAUUUCAUCCAGAACAUAAUCAAUCAAUUGUUCCAUCAGUUGUUAAUCAAGCUGAAGAUAGUGACAAUGAACCACUGAUGAGCGGUAAUGGAAUUGUAUCGAGAGAAGUUACAGAUGAUCAGCUACUUCUUGAAUGGGGACAUUUAGUUACUGAAUGGCAUAACAAAGUCAGACAAGAUCAAGCUAAUGGUCUCGGCUUAUCUACAUAUUGUUUGAGAAUUGAAUUAUUGUAUAGUGGUUGUUCUGGUCCCCAUAUUUCUCAUUUAGGUUCUGCAUUUUGUCAACGAAUUAGAAAACUAGUUAGCCGUGGUAUUCCAGAUGCCUUACGAGCUGAAGUUUGGCAGUUAUUAUCUGGUUGUCCUGUUGAUGAAAGUGGAUUGAUGGAUGCUUAUCGAAUUCUUAUUACUAAACCAUGCAAACAUGAUGAAGUUAUUCGUCGUGAUUUAGCACGCACAUUUCCAGCUCAUAGUUUCUUCCGUGAUAAAAUUGGACAGGAAAGUCUCUUUCUUGUUAGUCGUGCUUAUGCUUUGUACGAUGAAGAAGUUGGUUAUUGUCAAGGUUUAACAUUUUUUGCCGCUGUAUUAUUACUUCAUAUGCCAGUAGAACAAGCAUUCACAUUAUUAGUACAAGUGAAUAACAAUUAUGGAGUUAGAGAAUUUUUCUUGAAUGAUUUCGAUGGAUUACAUAUGCGAUUAUAUCAAUUAGAUCGUAUUAUUCAGGAUCAGUUGCCAGAUGUAGCAAAACAUUUUAGUGAUCUUGGCUUAGAAACUCACAUGUUCGCUAGUCAAUGGUUUUUAACAUUGUUCACUGCUAAAUUUCCAUUAAAUGUUGUCUUUCAUAUUGUUGAUCUGUUUCUAACUGAGGGUUUGAUAUUCAUAUUCAAAGUGUCUUUAGCACUAUUGCAAUUGGCUAGACGUGACUUACUCGGUUUGGACUUUGAAGGUGUUCUCAAGCAUUUGCGUGUUACGAUGCCAAAAAAAUAUUUAGCCCAUGAUGCUAAUCAAGAAUUACUUAGUAUCGCAUUAUCGGCUAAAGUUACUUCCGCCAAAUUACAAAAAUAUGCUAAAGAAUGGAUAACAAAGAGAGCUCAAGAAAAAUUGACCGAAUCUCCUCUACAUGUCAUGGAGUGUCAGUUGGCAUCAUUACGUCGAGAAGUUUCUCGAUUAGAACACGAGAAUGAAUCACUGGCUACCGGUCUUUUAUCGAGUAAAACAUUAAUGCACAAACAAGUUGACCGGUUAGAAGAUAAAGCUGAAAUAUUAACUCGAGAAUUAUUCGCUUCCAGGCAGGAUUUUCAAGAUGCUUUAGAAGAAAAAGCUCACUUAGAAAAUGAAGUACUUCAGGUGAAAAAAAUGUUUCGUAGUGCACUUGAAGAGAAUUCCAUUGAAUUAGAAAGAAAUCAACAUAUGUUUACUAGUUAUAAAGCAAUUAUAAAAGAAUUAAAUGAUUAUUUAAUAAAAAUUAAUGAAAAUUAUCCUAUCAAUUCAUUAACUAUUAAUCAAUUAUAUAAACAUGAUCCAUUAUUUUUGGAUUUAACUUUUGAUUUAAUAAAACAAGUAUUACAUUGUAAAGAAUGCUCAUCUAUUGUCAAUACGUAUAUUGAAAAAUCAAAUAAUGUCAAUUUAACAGAUGAUGUAAAUACUCCUUUAUCUAUUAAAGAGGAAGAGAUUGUUAAUAUGAACAGUAAUAAUGAUAAUACAGACAAGCAAAAUCAAGAUCAUUUGAACAAUCAAUCUGAAGAAAAACUCAUUAAUGGUAAAUGUACAAGAAGACAAUCAAUUAUACAUAUUCUUGAUAAAUUCAAAUUAUUGAAUACACCUAACAGUUGUUCUUCUCCAUCAUUGAAAAUACAUGAACUAAAUGGUGAUAAAUCAAUGGAAGAAUCCAUCACAUUAAAUAAUAUUACAUCUAAUAAAAUUAAUGAAAAUAAUUGUGAAACUUCAUCACACUAAUUAGCAAUUAUCUAUUGAAAUUAUGUAAAUAUUAUUUAUCAUUAGUUAUGUAUUUAUCCUAUGAUUUUCAAUGUUAACAAAUUAUAACUAAUACCAAUUUUAAAUUGUAUUUAUGAUCAUAUUCUCUUCAUUCACUACAGUCUCCGUAGUAACUAUUAUUAUUAUUAUUAUUAUU